UUGCGGAUCAGACCUGCACAACGUUCAGGAGGAAUUUUGGACCAUUCCUCUUUACAAAACUGUUUCAGUUCAGCAAUAUUCUUGGGGUGUCUGGUGUGAACUGCUCUCUUGAGGUCAUGCCACAGCAUCUCAAUCAGGUUGAGGUCAGGUCUCUGACUGGGCCACUCCAGAAGGCGUAUUUUCUUCUGUUGAAUCCAUCCUGUAUGUAUUGUCCUGUUGCGUCACCCAACUUCUGUUGAGCUUCAAUUGGCGGACAGAUAGCCUUACAUUCUCCUGCAAAAUGUCUUGAUAAACUUGGGAAUUAAUUUUUCUGUCGAUGAUAGCAAGCUGUCCUGGCCCUGAGGUAGCAAAGCAGCUCCAAACCAUGAUGCUCCCUUCACCAUACUUUCAGUUGGAUGACGUUUUGGUGUGCUGUGCUGUGCCUUUUUUUCUACACACAUAGUUUUGUGUGUUCCUUCCAAACUACUCAUCUUUAGUUUCAUCUGUCCACAGAACAUUUUGCCAGUAGCGCUGUCGAACAUCCAGAUGCUCUUUUGCAAAUUUCAGACAUGCAGCAAUGUUUUUUUUGGACAGCAGUGGCUUCUUCCGUGUUGUCCUCCCAUGAACACCAUUCUUGUUUAGUGUUUUACGUAUCAUAGACUCUUCAACAGAGAUGUAAACAUGUUCCAGAGAUUUCUAAAAGUCUUUAGCUGAUACUCUAGGAUUCUUCUUAACCUCAUUGAGCAUUCUGCGCUGUGCUCUUGCAGUCAUCUUUACAGGCACUCCUAGGGAGAGUAGCAACAGUGCUAAACUUUCUCCAUUUAUAGACAAAGACAUAUUUGUCUUACCGUGGACUGGUGAGCAGCAAGGCUUUUAGAGAUACUUUUGUAACCCUUUCCAGCUUUGCGCAUGUCAACAAUUCUUAAUCUUGGGUCAUAUGAGAUCUCUUUUGUUCGAGGCAUGGUUCACAUCAGGCAAUGGUUCUUGUGAAUAGCAAACUCAAAUUUUGCGAGUGGUUUUUAUAGGGCAGGGCAGCUCUAACCAACAUCUCCAAUCUCAUCUCAAUGAUUGUACUCCAGGUUAGCUGACUCCUGACUCCAAUUAGCUUUUGGAGAAGUCAUUAGCCUUGGGGUUCACAUACUUUUUCCAAACUACACUGUGAAUGUUUAAAUUAUAUAUUCAAUAUAGACAAUAAUUUGUGUUAUUAGUUUGUCUGUUGUUGUGACUUAGAUGAAGAUCAGAUCUAAUUUUAUGACCAAUUUAUGCAGAAAUACAGAUAUUUCCUAAGGGUUCACAUACUUUUUCUUGUCACUUUUGUUCCGACAGUGCAGCAAUAGCUAACAAGUAAUAUCUAGCAAUUCCACAACAGAUACCAAAUACGCACAAAUCUAAGUAUAGGAAUGGAAUAAGAAUAUAUAAAUAUAAUAUAUGGAUGAGCAAUGACAGAGCGGCAUCGGUUAAGAUGCAAUAUAUAGUAUAUAAUACAGUAUAUACAUGAGUAAUGCAAGAUAUGCAAACAAUAUUAAAGUGGCAUUAUUAAAGUGACUAGUGUUCCAUUUAUAAAAAUAGCCAGUGAUUUCAAGUCUGUAUGUGGACAGCAGCCCCUUUGUGCUAGUGAUGGCUGUUGAACGGUCUGAUGGCCUUGAGAUAUAAGUUGUUUGUCUGUCUCUCUGUACCAGCUUUGAUGCACCUGUAUUGACCUCGCCUUCUGGAUGCUAAGCAGGGUGAACAGGCUGUAGCUUGGGUGGUUGUUGUCCUUGAUGAUCUUUUUGGCCUUCCUGUGACAUCUGAUGCUGUAGGUAUCUUGGAGGGCAGGUAGUUUGCCCCCGGUGAUGCGUUGUGCAGACCGCACCGUCCUCUGGAGAGCCCUGCGGUUGUGGGUGGUGCAGUUGCCGUACCAGGCGGUGAUACAGCCCGACAAGAUGCUCUCAAUUGUGCAUCUGUAAAAGUUUGUGAGGGUUUUAGGUGGAAAGCCAAAUGUCUUCAGCCUCCUGAGGUUGAAGAGGCGCUGUUGCCUUCUUCACCACACGGUCUGUGUGGGUGGACCAUUUCAGUUUGUCUGUGAUGUGUAUGCCAAGGAGCUUAAAACUUUCCACCUUCUCCACGCUGUCCCAUUGAUGUGGAUAGGGGCGUGCUCCCUCUGUUGUUUCCUGAAGUCCACGAUCAUCUCCUUUGUUUUGUUGAGUGAGAGGUUAUUUUCCUGACACCACACUCCGAGAGCCCUCACCUCCUCCCUGGAGGCUGUCUCGUCAUUGUUGGUAAUCAAGCCUACUACUGUUGUGUUGUCUGCAAACUUGAUGAUGAUUGAGUUGGAGGUGUGCAUGGCCACACAGUAAUGGGUGAACAGGGAGUACAGGAGGGGGCUGAGCACACACCCUUGUGGGGCCCCAGUGUUGAGGAUCAGCGAAGUAGAAAUGUUGUUUCCUACCUUCACCACCUGGGGUAGACCAUCAGGAAGUCCAGGACGCAAUUGCACAGUGUGGGGUUGAGACCCAGGGCCUCAAGCUUAAUGAUGAGCUUGAAGGGAACUAUGGUGUUGAAUGCUGAGCUGUAGUCAAUGAGCAGCAUUCUUACAUAGGUAUUCCUCUUGUCCAGAUGAGCUAGGGCAGUGUAGUGUGAUGGCGAUUGCAUCAUCUGUGGACCUAUUGGGGCGGUAAGCAAAUUGAAAUGGGUCUAGGGUGACAGGUAAGCUGGAGGUGAUAUGAUCCUUGAAUAGUCUCUCAAAGCACUUCAUGAUGACAGAAGUGAGUGCUACGGGGCGAUGGUCAUUUAGUUCAGUUACCUUUGCAUUCUUGGGUACAGGAACAAUGGUGGCCAUCUUGAAGCAUGUGGGGAUAACAGACUGGGAUAGGGAGAGAUUGAAUAUGUAUCCAGCUGCAUUCUAAACCUUUGGGGUCUUCUUUUUAGUGUGAGAGGCUCAACUCGUCCUCCUACUUUGUACUUACCACUCUUCAGCAUUAUACACAUACUCAAUCAUUUGGUGACGCAUCCAACUCUUCCUUCAUGUCAAUUUACUUUUUGGCUACAACCAUAGUCCACUUAGUGUUGUCCCCCACCUCUACUUCUGAGUUGUGAAAUCCUGAGCUGAACCUCUCAGAGGAAAAUCUCUAGACCCUAUCAUGACUUAAGAAUAUGAUUCAAAUGUCAUUUUUUCUCCCUUUCUGUCCAGGAAAUGGCCACUGCUCCUGGGGAGUAUGCCAAGCAGGGGUCAAAGUCCAGAGGUUAUCGACACAAGGAGGUGAUUCAGCAUCAGAGGGAGGCUCUGUCAGAGAUGAGGGCCAGGAUCGGAGCCUUGGAGCAAACAUGGCCCCUGAAGCGCUUCACCCAGCAGGGGGCACCUAAGAAACAAGCAGGGAGUGAGACGAGCAAACUCAGCACACCGAGGUCUGCAGUGAGUGCCUGGCCACUCCAUGGAGCAUUGGGGGAGGAGACCCUGGAGCGCACAGCCAGACUGGACCUAUCAGAUGCCCUGGACCUCAGCGAGAGGACAUACCUGGAUCUGGCACGGGCGCUGUGCGAGGCUCUGGAGUUGAGCGAGGGCCAGCUGCAGGGGUGUGUGUCCCUGCAGCACCUGCCCCAGGAGGAGAGGGCCAGUCUGGCUUCUUUGCGUCACGCAGACCUGGAGCUGCUCCGGAGCUGCAUGGCCCUACAGCACAGCCAGGCCCAGCGAAGUGAAACCCUACUGCAGCAGCAGCAUAGAGAAAUGACUACUCUCAGGGAGAGCCAGGCGGCGGGCCAGCAACUCCAGUCCAGGCUGGAUAUGCUGAGGACCGAGCUGGAGACGGAGAGCCAAGAGAGCUCCCUGCUCCGCGAGGCCUUGCGCCACACCCAGAGUCGUCUGGAACAUGAGAUAGACCUAAACACCAGGGGCGUAAAGAGCCGUAAGGCAGUGAGUGUGGAGAAAGUCCAGAGGAGGAGUGGGAAGACAGCCUCUCACAGCUGUGUCCGUACUGAGGCCGGCGACACGGCGACAGCGAAGACAUCCAGCCUGCUGGAGAGGCUGAAGGCGAGGGAGUACGAGGUGGAGACCCUGAAGAGGCAGCUGGGGAAGAAGGAGUUUGGCAAGAUGGCCUCCAAGCUGGAGCUGGCCAUUGUACAGCAGCAGCCUCAACAGGCCCCACCACUGACAGAGCCCUCCUAAUGUACUGUAAUCCUGCCCUACACUGGAGUGACUGGACACCAGGGGCAAGGAGACCGGCUCAAGGGUCCUUUUGACUUGAACAGCGGAGGACACUCAUUACUACGAGACUAGUGAACACUGCUAGUGUGCGUCACACCAUAGAAUUAGAAAUAUAGCACAGCAGGUCUACUAGAACUCACCGUCCCAUUCAAGUCAGUGUCAGUCUAUUUCAUUGCUUCACGCGUACUGUACCGCUGCUUCUGGCCAUGAGGAAGUUUCUGCUGGUGGCUGUAUACUACCACACAUCAGAGCCAUUUGUUCUAUAUACUGUAUAGCUUUGCACCACAUCGUAAUGAGUGAAUGCCCCUAUAGAGAUGAUGGAAUAGUCAAUGCAUGAGCAUGUGGGUGCUAAUGAUGUGUGUUUCAAAGGCAGCUUUUCUCAGCUUCCCUCUGAGCUUUGAAUGUAAAAAGUCUGUCGGGCUAUCUGCCACAGCUAUAUUAUUUUAGCCGGAACACUUCACCGCUCUUGUUCAUCCAUUCACCACGGAAAAUGAGGCCGUCUUUAUGCACGACAAUACAAAUGCGUUCUUCUGCAGACAUUUCUGCCGAUACAGUAUAAUAUUUUGGUUGACACGUCAUUGCGAUAUCUCAGCAAUAAAAAAAAAUGGCCACGGCGUCCAUUUGAGCGGCUAUUUCGGGAGUGUGAGUGCUAAUGACAGGAAUAUGCCCCUGAACCGCAGAUACAAAGAAAAAAGGAGUUUGUUAUUCCUCCUAUCUGCAGUAGACCUCCUCCCCCACUCCCGCCCUCCUCGCUAUGCCUCGAGGAUGUUGUGGUCCCGUUAUCGCAGUGGGCAGAGAGAAAAGCUGAUUCAUUUAUUCAUCAUCAGAGCCUUUUCUUGCUCACAGCAGCACACACCGUCACAGUCACGUGAGCAUAGGAUGAGAGAGAGUGGUUUGUGUGUAUAGGUGCGUAUGUGUAUGUGGGAAGGUGUGAAAGGGUCAAGCGUGAGAGAGCAUGCGCAUCAGUGUGUUGUUUUGAGUGCGUGUUUGUGACGUGUGGCAGUGUUCAUGACGUGUGUGAGUGAGUAGGCCUAUGUGUGAGUCUCUCUCGGUUUGUGCAUGUGAUUGUGUAUGUGUGCAUGUGCAAAAUCUAUUAUUCAGGAUAUUAAUCCUCCAUUGUUCUACAUAAAGCAGAUGCCACAGAUAAUAGAGCCAGUACAUGGUUUGGUUUCUCUCUCUAUUUGUUUGACUCAAUUCCCAUAAGGCAAGGUUCCCAAACUGGCAGCCUACCAAGUGAUUUUAUUUGGCCCCCCAAGUUUUCUCAGCAAUAAAAAUAAAAAAGGUUUAUAAUUAUUAUUUUUUUAUUUUAAUUGUUAGACAUUUAAGACUGUAAAAACACCAGCAAAUCAGCUCAAAGUCAUUUUAAUUUUGGAAAUCUGUUCCAAAGUAAUCUCACGCAUAAUGGAGAAAUAUAUGUGAUCGUAUACAAAUAUAGGUUUGAAAUUAUUAUGCUUUUGUGAAAUAUGAUAUCUGUUUGGGGUUUUUUGCGAUCAAUUUGCAGUCUACAAAUUAUUUCUAUUAUUAUUUCAAAUUAUUAUGUUCCGGGCCUCUGACCGUCUGCUCGAGAAAAUAUUGUCCCGCAGCUGAAUCUAGUUGAUGAUCCCUGUCGUAAGAGAUAAUGAGGGCUACUCCUAAAAAAGCUUCAUGUCUUCCUCACUCACUGACCCAGAUUUGGUAUUUUAGUGCAUACAAGCAGAUGGUACAAUUUUUUUGAUGGUACAAUGUUUCUUUGUUGCCUCCAGGCAAAAGGCUGCAUCAGUCUGUCAUCAUUGCUCCUCUCUGAUGUUUGCUAUGGUCUACCUACCUCUAUGGCCAUGUGCAUCAGUAUAACUUCACCCCAAUGCAUUACUACUUGUUUCGGUGUCUUUCAGACAUGUUUGUCACUCUAUGCACUUUUGUUUUUAUUGUCUGGACCAUCACAGACAAACCACUGAUUCAUCUCCAGACGCCAUUAUAGUUUGUCUGCUUUCAUUAAUCAUGAUCAAUUAUGUCUGUUUUUAACAUGAGCAUGUCACUCACUGGCAUUGGUAUGCCUUUGAUUUCAGCUGGCAGUCCACAGCGCUGUGUUGAGUUGUUGCUAAUUAUAUGUGUUGACCUCAGCAAUUACUGCUCCUCCUCAGUCAGCCCCUUCUGAGUGGACACAACCAGCUCAUUGGCACUGUGCAGAUUCCAACGUGUUCCUUAAAGGCACAAUCUGUGAUAUUUCCUGCUGUUCAAUGGUAAAAUCAAUUCAUGAUCUUGUUCUUGAGGAAUAUAACUUAAACAUUUUAUGGCCUGUUUAGUCCUUACAUUCGUAGAUGCGCCGAUAAAGUUGGCAGUGGUUGCAUUUCUCCAGCUCCCAUCCCUCAGCUCAGUCACAAUGCUACUGUUUGGGCUGAAACUUAACACCAGAUUUUGGCUUUCAUCUUUUUAUAAUCAGCAGAGUGCCCCUGGUUCGCACCAUUGCCUUCGCAAACAGCUAGCUCAGCCACAGUCUCAGUGGCUUCCAUUAGCAAUGCUGAGUCAAGCUUGACCUCUCCUCACUGGUCAUUUACUUAAAGACUAUUCUGUUUUGUUUUAUUAUAAUGUAGGCUAUCCGUGUUGAGAUUCAUUCACACAGAGUUUGUAAAAGCAUUGAGGUUCAGUUGACCUACAUCUGACAGUAUAAAUAAGUAUAAAGUAUACAUAUGACAGUAUUUUCUGAUAAGCUGCCACUUCAACAAUAUAUUAUUACACUGGACAAAAAUAUACAUGCAACAUGUAAAGUGUUGGUCCCAUGUUUCAUGAGCUGAAAUAAAAUGUAUUUGUUUA